AUGAAAGAAAAUCGAGGAAUACAAGUAAAGUCAAGGUUGCCUCCGAGCUCCAGCUCGGAGCCGUUUCUUUUGACGAAGGUUAUUCAACCCGUCCGUUGGUUGUUCUUGCUUGUAGGUACACACGUAUAUACACUGGCCCCUUGGAAUAACGGUUUGGGGAGAACUCGGACCUCUCCUUUCUGGUCAGGAGAGAGUAAUUUCACACCGGGGAUUAUAAAUAAUAUUAAAACUAAAUUAUCUCGUCGCUCUCGUUUGCCAACCAAUUGGAUUAAUUUUAAUGCACUUACCUCAACGGCGGUACCAUUACUCCAGGCUAAAGAAAUUCCUUUAAAAGACACUCGAAUCAGAAAUGAAAGUCGUCUUCUUCAUGCAAUCGCUCUAGAUCCCUCGAAUUCACUCAGCCUAGACAAGCUAAAGACAAAAGUCAAAAAUACUAUUGUAAAUUCGACCAAGUUUUCUUCUUCUUCUUCAUUUUCAAAAUCACCAUCUAAAAAUAAUGAAUAUAUUUUUGUUAAACCGAACAUGUCUUUUACUGUAGCGAGCUCGACGAAAAAAAAACCACCAAAGAUUAAUACGACAAAUAUUGGUAUAAAAACAAACAAAACAAUUGUCAGUGGGAUUAAAAAAUAUCCGGUAAUUAAAAAUCCCGUAAUAUCAACAGUUUAUUUAAAAAACUGGCCUAACGACCCUCUUCGUAAUGAGCAAGAUUUGUUAAAUUAUCAAAAAUACACAUCACCUUAUCCUACUUAUUCUAAUAUCGAAAAUAAUCCUGUAAAAAAUGUCAAUCCUAAACUGGACAAACCCGUUUUAUCGAAUAAAGAUAAACCUUCCUUAGCCAUAAAUUCAUGGUCACCUUCAUCAUCAUCAUCUUCAUCAAAUUUAACACAUUACGAAGACUCGUUGUUACAGCCAAGUGUCCAAGAGAUAAUAAAAUGGCUUCAAAUUCCCCCAUUUUCAAAUCAUCCAUACAUCGCUACUAAUUUAGCGACUACCGGCGCGGUAUCCAACGUAUUUACACCCAGUGUAACAUCAACACAACCCGUAUUCUACACAAAUACCCAGCCUCCGAGUGUUGAUGAGAGUGCCAGUGAUUUUCAAUUGUCUCAAAGUUUGGACGCUUUGUCAAAUAAUCCAAAUCUUGGAAUUGCUCUGGAUCCAUUGGAAAUUUUUGACUCACAAGAAUCAAUUGAAGCUGUUAAAAAUAAAACAGAAACAUCAAUAAUAACUCUAACUGAUGCUCCGAGUUCAACCGAUUUUCCAACAGAACCAACAGUUAUUCAGCGGCCAGUCUUCAGGCCGGUUUCUGAAAUAACUCAAAAUACUGUUGUCCACAUCAUAAAUCCUUUGUCAAAAAAACGAAACGUAACUGUUAGCGAGGGUAAGGUACCUUUUAAAGAUGAGUUGAAUUCACCACCAAAUGUCCAUAUUACCUUUGCUUCUGAAAAUGAUACCAAGUCUGCAACAAAUUUAAAAGACACAUCAGACAAUUUGUGUCCAACGAUAACUAUCAAUUCAAUAACAAAAGUUAACAAUACUAUUGAAAGCAAGCAAGGUUGUACAGAUCUUAAUAUAAUAAUUAACUCACAAUUGCUCAGUACCCACAAUUUCAAUGGCAUUUUAGGCGGCGAUGGAUCAGGCAUUGAUAAACACGUAAAUGGUGAAGCUGCUGUUACUUCAACAGAUUCUAGCUCGACAUUGGCGUCAGAAUAUCCUAGUUCCGUGCAGGCAGAUCCAGAUCGUAAUGAUUUGUACGACGCGGCAGUUGUUGAUGAUGAAUCUGAAUCUGAAGGAGCCUAUGAUGUCAAUCAGGAGUCGAAUUAUUUGAUAGGAGAUGAUGAAGAUGAUCCCAGUGAGGCGGUAUUUUCGGACGGUGUUCAAAAUGAUUUUGCAGAUGCUGGUCCACCGGAAACUGCCCAAGUUAUUUCAGGAGGUUCAGAAGCAGUUGGUAACUCUAAUGGUGGGUUGGCUGGUUCUGCUCUCAGCCGACCAAGUCGUCCUGGGCUUCCCAAUAUCGGGAAUCAGUUGUCUAAUUUAGUUUCUGGUAGCAAUUCUGGAGGUAGUAAUGGCAAUGGCGGCGGUAGUGGAGAUUCUACUUCUCUGGCGGCUCUAGAAGAAGAUGAUGAUGAUGAUGAUGACGACUUUGAUUUCAGUACUUCGAGUGUUCUUGAGGGUAUUACUAAUGUAUUUACUUACUUAACUGUUCUUAAUCCUCUAAAUUACGGAAUCUUUAGCCUGGCAGCUGCUCCAUUUGCCGCGCUUGCUGCGGGAAUCGUUGGGGUUUCCGCGAUUUUCUUUCCUUGGGCUUUUGCAAGUGGACUUAAUUUUGGAAGAGCUGCGGAUACAGUUACGAUAUUAUUUAGACCGAGUUUUGAAGAUUUUGUUAAACAAUCGAUAAGUCGUUAUCAAAAUGUUUCUGAGAAUGAGGCUUCUGGUACUGGCGUCCGAGAUUUUAAAGGCUACCAGUACAUCGAUCAGUCUUUAAAAACCGUAGCGACGCAAUUGUUAAACGUAUCUAACCCCGAAGACUUAUCAACCGAGCCAGACAAGUCAAAAUUGCCAAAAAUUGAAUCAAAGUUGAAUUUAUUGAUACGAAAACCUGACAAUAAUGUCAAAGAAACUCCUUCAGGCCUGGAAAUUUUUGGCAGCCUGAAGAAAUCAUCAGAAAUUAACUUAGAGCCGCACAGUUUCGGACGGCCGGUCAAUUCAAAAUUUGGUUUCUUCCAAUCAAGUCACCCCGGGCAAGCGAUGGCUAUCACUGAAGAAGAACUGGAACGAGAACUAGCAACAGCACGUACAACCACGCACAAGACACCAGUAACUACUGUCGGCGGAAUAUCAACUUGGAUACGUUUGGACCCUCCAAGCUCAACAUUAAAAACUCAAAUUUCUUCUGACAAGAAAAAUCCCCAGAAAGUUACCGAGACAAAGCCUUCAUCAACAACCAGUUCCGCGAAACCUUCCUCAACGACAAUAAGAGUCGAGACAAGUGUGAAGACAACAGUAGCUACUGAAAAACCUCAAAUUUCACCAGUUGCUAGCGCUUUGAAGCAAACAACGGUGGUGAACAAUCACAUGGAAAAAGUAGCGAUCAUCGAUUUAAGCACAACUCCACGGACAGAAACAACUGAAAGUAUUAAAUACAAAACUACUGCGGUUUCAAGUACGACUGAAGAUAAUGAUAAUGAAGAAAUUACAAAAACGACAACCAAAAAGGUAAAAGGUAAUAAUUCAACGACCCCUAAGUCAACGACCAUCAUUACAAAAACUACGGCUAUGAAAGUUUCAAGGCCGAAUCCAUUGAAUCGAUCAACCAAGCCCCCCACCAUCAGAAAGCCAUCGAUUAAAUCGAAUAACACGAAGACAACUGUCAAUGCAACGCCAAAAAUUGAAAAGGUUACUUUCAGACCCGUUCAAAUGAUUACCAACAAAAAUUCUCAAGCUAAGCCAUCAUUUGUCAGUAAGCUUCAAGCAACACUUCACACCAAUUCUGAUGCAAGCUUGUCAGUUGCUUCUUCGAACGAUAAAGAAGAAAUAAACGCCACUGACGUCAAGGUUAAGACAAAGCCUACAAAAACAAAUGUUCUAAAAGUACACUUGAAGAAACCAGUUGACAGUCCAACUACCAUUGAAAUUGAACCUAUCAAAGUAAACGCUCCAGUUCUAACAAUCGAGAAAGUUAAUGACAAAAAAGACUACCUUCAAAGCGACGAGUUAGUUAAAUUCAAAGAUCCAAUUGAUGUCAAGUUUGAUUUCAAUCCUGAGUUGACUAAAAUUGUCGAGACCUCUACCAGAGUAUCGUCUUCUUCGUCAGUAUCUUCUGCUUCUUCAUCAUCAUCAUCAUCAUCAUCAUCAUCUUCCUCGACAUCAAGUAAUAACAAGAAGAAACAAGUCGCAAAACCAAUAGGUACUCAGAUUUAUCAAUUUUUGAGCAGAGAAGUGAUGCCCAGUGUUGGAGUAAUGUCCUUAGUGGGUCUUGGUCUUGGAUUGGCUUCUUACUUUCUUUAUCCGUUUGGAGGAACUAUCGCUCGAAGAAAUUACGAGGUCGAACCUAAUUAUAAGUACAAUGUCAAUGAAUAUGGAGGCAAUUACGGUCAAAGCGAAGAAGAAGUUUUAUCUAAAGUGUUUCUUGGAAUGAAUAAUAAUAAUAAUAAUAAUAAUAAUCAUAAUAAUUAUCAUCAUAAAAAUAGUAAGUACAAUGUGGGAGGUAAUAAGAAUGUUGAUAAAAAUUAUUACAGAUAUCAAGCUUACGACGGUGCUUACACAGAUUCUUACACAACAAGAAGAAAUACUGUCGCUGAAUCACGUUUUCCAACUUCUGCGGUACCUGUUUACAGACCUGAUCCCCCGUUUUAUGAUAAUCAUCAUAAUCAAGAUAAUGAAUUCAAGUAUCCGGACUUACCUACGACACCAAAUUACUAUGAAAGACAGACAAAACCGCAGUUUAUCAAUAGUCAGGCUAGUGGAGAUCGUAAAUUUGUUGUUGGUAACAUCCCUAAAGAGUAUCCGUAUGAUAAUCAACGACUCCCGGUGAUAUCGACGACAACUACAACGACUACGGAAAGUAUCCAACAAACGAAUUUUGAGAAAGAAAUUGCGGAAAAAUUGAAUUUCGUUAAAAACCCCGUCGCUGAUAAUUUUGGUAGUGAUAGUCAUGCCGGAAUUGCCAAAGCGUCGGCUUUAAAGGCAGACGCUCUUCAGUAUGACGAUAUUGAGAUCACUCCUACAGCAGUGGCCGUUGAACAUGGUCCAAGGGCGAUAAAAUUGGAAAAAUUAAUAACCAGGCAGAAAAGAGAAUCUGUUAUUCAGCAAAUUCCUGCGAAAAGUGAAAUUGAAAAGGCAGAAGAAGACGAUUUGAGCAACGAAAUUUUAGAUAUUAUUGACUCGGCUGUCACUGAAAAACCGAUCAAGUAUAUGGAAAAUGAAGUUGGUGAGAAGGAAGAAGUAACAGAAUCUGAUGAUAAGAAUUUGGAUGAUGGAUUGAUCAAAAAUUCUGGAGAUAAAAUUGAAGAUACGAAAUUAGAAGAAGUUGAUGUUAAAAAUGAAACUAAAAAUCUUAAAAAUUCGACUUUGAGUAAUGAGUAUUUACCUGUGUUGAAUGUUACUGAUGAAACAGUUAAAUUUAAUUCAACGGCUGAAUCUAAUGAAAAUGAUUUCAAUGGCACGUUAUCUGACAGUGUUCCAACGAAGCCAGUAUUAGAAAAAUUCAACUUUUUUAACUUUGUUAAAACUGUCGCCGAAGUUAAAUUAAGAGUUGGAUUGUCAAUUUUGAAACAUGCGGGUGAAAAUUUUGCAAAGUAUAUUGGUAAUAUUCAGAAACGGUUAAAUGGGGAUCAAUAA